AUGAGGAAUUGUUCCCAGCAAUUGCACUCGCCUCCAGUCCAUCACACUAGAUCACGCCCCAGUUCAUCACACUACAUCACGCCCCAGUUCAUCACACUAGAUCACGCCCCAGUCCAUCACACUAGAUCAUGCCCCAGUCCAUCACACUACAUCACGCCCCAGUCCAUCACACUACAUCAUGCCCCAGUCCAUCACACUAGAUCAUGCCCCAGUCCAUCACACUACAUCACGCCCCAGUCCAUCACACUACAUCAUGCCCCAGUCCAUCACACUACAUCAUGCCCCAGUCCAUCACACUACAUCACGCCCCAGUCCAUCACACUAGAUCAUGCCCCAGUCCAUCACACUACAUCAUGCCCCAGUCCAUCACACUACAUCAUGCCCCAGUCCAUCACACUACAUCACGCCCCAGUCCAUCACACUAGAUCAUGCCCCAGUCCAUCACACUACAUCACGCCCCAGUCCAUCACACUACAUCACGCCCCAGUCCAUCACACUAGAUCAUGCCCCAGUCCAUCACACUACAUCACGCCCCAGUCCAUCACACUACCACAUCCUCAGCGUCACUCUCCUUCUGCGUCACUGUGUCGAGGAUCACAGCAUCACAGUGUCGAGGAUCACAGCAUCACAGUGUUGAGGAUCACAGCAUCAGAGUGUCAAGGAUCACAGCAUCACAGUGUUGAGGAUCACAACAUCACAGUGUCAAGGAUCACAGCAUCAGAGUGUCAAGGAUCACAGUAUCACAGUGUCAAGGAUCACAGCAUCAGAGUGUCAAGGAUCACAGUAUCACAGUGUCAAGGAUCACAGCAUGACAGUGUCAAGGAUCACAGCAUGACAGUGUCAAAGAUCACAGCAUCAGAGUGUCAAGGAUCACAGCAUGACAGUGUCAAGGAUCACAUCAUCACAGUGUGGCAAGUCAUAGUACUGUAG